AUGGCAGAUGUACACUUUCGCUUCCAUGACUAUGACAGGAAACAUGAGUUUGAGGUUCGAGUUCGAGGGGAUAUAGAUGCGGGGCCUACAAGAGCAGAGGUUGCAGGAUUGAGGGAGGAAAUUAGAGGGGUACGGGCGGAAUUGUGGCGGCAAGAGGAGAGAAUUGUAGGACUAGGAGACGAAGUUGUAGGAAUAAGAGAGGAAAUGAGGGACGUGAUGGAAGAGACUUCAGAAUUGAGGGCGGUCGUGAGGGGAGUACAGGCGGAAUUGCGACAGCAAGAGCAGAGAAUUGUAGAAUUAGGGAAUGAAGUUAGAGGAAUGAGGAGGGAAAUGAGGGUGGAAGUCAGGGGGUUACAGGCCGAAUUGCGACAGAGAGAGGAGAGAGUUAUAGGACUAGGGGAUGAAGUUGCAGGAAUGAGGGGGCAAAUGACGACCGUGAGGGAAGAGCUGAGGAUGACGAGGAGAGACCUCUGGGGAACUAGGGCAGAAGUCUUGAGGCUGAGUAUUGAGGGCAUACAAUAUAGAGAAGACCUCGGAGGUUUAAGACAGGAGAUUUUUGAUUUGGAAGGAGAGGUUAUGGGGUUCAGGGGCGAGAUGAGGAAUGGGAUCCGAGGGAUGAGAGAGAUGAGGGAAGAGGUUUUGGAUUUCAUGGAUGAAGCUGAUAGGGGACAAAGAGAGAGGUUGAGAGAUGCGGCCAUGGCUAUUGAAAGAUUAAGAAGAGAGGUUAUGGAAGAACUAGUUUUGAGGAAUGCGAACAACGUUCAAAUAGAGCUACGAUUCAUGGAGGGAUUAGCGAGAAGGGAUGCGGACAACGUUCAAAUGGAAGUACGAGUAAUGGAAGAAUUAGCGAGGAGGGAUGAGUACAAUAUUGGGAUGGAGCGGCGGCUGAUGGGAGAAGUUCAAGAUCUCAAAACAAGGAACGCAGAAAGGUCAGAGAGGGAAGAUGAGUUGAUACAUGAUGUGGAUAAUCUAAGAAAUAGGAAUUUGGAGAACGAACAAUUAAUAAGAGGCGAAAUUGAAAGUCUAGGUAAUAGGAUGGACGCUUUGGCGCUGGAAAAUGGGGGUUUGAUGGAAAGAGGAACGUGGUUGGAGACACCGGGACCAGAAAUUGAGGAAGAGGUGGAGCCAGUAGAUGAUCAGGUAGUCAAUGAUAUGGCUGAAGAUCGGCAUAAUAAAAGAAGCCGAAAAAAGCGUGAGAGGGGAGGAUGCCAGUGGCUAAAACUCUAUACUGGAAGGAAGAAACAUAGUAUUGGGAAGGAGGUAGCUUUAAGAAUCAUGAAGUGUGCAGUUACAUGA